AUGUCACCACUCUCCCCACAACAGCUGUACAGAGCCAGGUGCUUGAGCCUGACUGGCCCGCUUAAAAAUAGCCACAACCCCGUGCUCUCGGUGAAUGCCACAGAGAUGGCUGCUGCUGCCUGCCACCCACCCACCCGAUUCCACCACGUCCAUGGCGCCAACAUCUGCAUCGACCCCUCGCACACUCAGGCCACCAGGGUGGAGAGCUUUGCCAACGGGCUAUGUUUCAGCCAGGAGCCCCUGGAGCCUGGACAGAUCUUCCUAGUGGAGAUUGAGGAGAAGGAGCUGGGCUGGUGUGGCCACUUGCGGGUGGGGCUAACAGCACAUGACCCAAGAAGCCUGGAUGUGGUGCCAGAGUAUUCGCUCCCAGACCUGGUCAAUAUGGGGGACACCUGGGUUUUUGCCAUCACCAGGCAUCACAACCGUGUUACUCCAGAUGGCUCGGCGGCUCGGCUCCAAGGCUUCCUCUCAGACCCCUACCUGCUCAUAGAACAAGUCAGGAUUCCCCGAGACAAGCUGGUGGGACGGAGCAGGCCCAGCCAGUACAGCCACAUGCUGGAUGACUUGUACAAGACAAAUGUGCUGCCCCCGACAGCCCGGAGGAGCAGGAUUGGGGUGCUGUAUGCCAUCCGGUCUGACGGGAUGGCAGACAUGCACAUCAUCAUCAAUGGAGAGGACAUGGGACCGAGUGCCAGGAGCCUCCCUUCCUCCCGCCCACUCUAUGCAGUGAUCGAUGUCUUUGCUUCAACCAAGAGCGUCCGUGUCAUCCAAGUGGAAUAUGGCUUCCCUUCCUUGCAGACCCUCUGUCGACUGGUCAUCCAGAAGCACAUUGUCCACCGAUUGGCCAUCGAUGGGCUGGACCUGCCUCCGCUCCUGAAGAACUUCUGCAAAUAUGAAUGAGAUGGCAAGAUCUCCCUCAGCAGGCAGGCCCUUCAAACUUGCAGCCCCUGUGAGUGACCAAGAAU